AUGGUUACAACCAUGUUUGUGACCAUGGUGCUUACAAAUGGGGAGACUGCCACUGCAGAAGGGCUCCUCCCUGAGGCACUGGCACCUGCCCUCGGGCCUCAUUUCCCUGCCCAGUUCUUGGCCCCGGGGGCCCUCCAGGCCCUGCCCAAGUCCCUGCGGCCUGGCCUGCCCAGGCUCUGCUCUUCGGAUAUUUACGGCGCCCCCCCGCCGGCUCCUCUCAAGUCAGCCGGCUCCGGGAGCUUCAGUUUCGGGGUCCCCCAGCGCCCUAGCCGGCCGGCACAGACACUCUCGGACCCGGGGUCCCAGCGGAGAAGGAUGGGCUGUGCACGCAGUCGGCCAAGCUGCUGCAGACCCCCCCGAAAGCGGCGUCACGAAGCCCCUGAGCCCCCAGGAGUCCAUCAUCAGGAACAGAGGCCUUUGGGCCAGAACACAGUUGCUGUUCAGCCAUCAUGUGCCCCCAAACAGGAACCCAGCACAGACCUGUCUUGGGUUCCCCAGCAGCACGAGAAGGAGGAGAAAAAUUGGGCACAGCAGGUGGAGCAGGAAAAGGAGCUACAGAAGAGGAUGGAGCUGCAGAGAAGUGUCUUGGAAGCGGAAGAGCAGGGACAGGAGGAGCAACAAGGUAGCCCCACAUGCAGGGAGAAAGAAGUGCCUGUGUGCAGAGAGGGGGUGCCUGUGGCCCAGAACCUGCAGGAGCGUGCUAAGCUGUCUAAAACCCCAAUUGUCUUGUGCAUGGAGACAGCCCUCAAUGGGAGGCGCAGGCUGAGGCCCUGCUGUGUUCAGGAUCUUGAAACAAGUGCAGCAGGGAACUUCCCUGCCUGGGCCCUCGGGGAAGCACGUUCUGCUCUGCAGGCGCCCCAAGAAGAGAAGGAAGAGUCCCACCAGGAGGCCAUCGCAGCCCUGCAGCAAGGGGGCCCUGGGAACCCCAACAGGAGGCUGGUGGCCUGUGCCCUGAGUGGCUGUGUUUUGAGAGGCAGAGACACUGCCUCUCACCCCCUUGUCCUCCCUCUGGCACAGGAGACCGUGGACUCUCUCACCAAACAGCUCGAGGCCUUCCAAGCACAGAUGAGGCGGGCAGAGGAGUCCGUCUCAAGUCGUAACUAUAAGCAGCAUUUGCAGGAGCAUGGUGGCCUCAGCGAGUUCUGGGAACGGGAGCUGGAGAGUUUGCAUUUCGUCAUCGAGAUGAGGAACAUCCGUGUCCGCGAGCUGGACAAGAGGCUGGCCCUCGCAGAGGCAAUGAGAGAGCAGAACCUGGCACUGGAAGAGAAGGUCUGCGCCCUGCAGCAGGAGAACGAGGACCUGUGUGCCCGCUUCCGCAAGCAAGUGGCCAUUUCCAGGCAGCUGAGCGAGGACCUGCUGGCCACCCGCCAGGCCCUAGAGAAGGAGACGCGGCUGCGGCAGGAGCUGCAGCAGGAGAAGGAGGAGCUGGUCUUCCGAGUGCUGGGCGCACAGGCCAACCCGUCCUUCCCCCUGGCUCGCACCACGCCCACGCCCACGCAGGUCCCUUUCCUAGCCACCUAAGCUCGGCUGGUGGGACUCAGGGACCAGCAGGCGCUCCCAUCUCCAGAGGGGGCUGCAGGACAAUGAGCCCCAAAUGCACCCUGGGGCUGACUCAGGGAGCGAGAGGGCUGCCCUGCUCCAGAUGCAGA